CCGACAUCCAGUCGGUCAAUCGGAAAAGUGUUUGAAAUGAAUCGCCUGGAACCGUAUUUAAUUCCAUCAUGGGCCUCUAAGCUAUGGAAGUUGCCGAAAAAUAGAAUAAAUGUCAACUACAAAGGAGGUUGUCAGUUAUGCUUUCAAAAUAGAAGUCUGUGGCGUUGUUUGCCGGACAGUUUCGAUCUUAGCAGAGAAUGUUACCAAACAACCUCCACCGAGAUUUCAAAAUAAACAAUGAUAUUGGCUUGCUAUGAAAGACACUCCAAUCCAUCAAUGGCUUUUACCAUACAUUCCUGAAGGCUUCAAAGUCUCCAUCAAAAGAGAUGACAUGACAGGCAGUGUCCUAGGUGGUAACAAGAUUAGAAAAUUGGAAUUUCUGUUAGCAGAUGCGGUUGCAAAUAACUAUGACUCAGUCAUUACUUGCGGAGGCAUCCAAUCCAAUCACUGCCGAGCAACUGCGCUGGCUGCCCGUCUCGUCGGUCUCAACAGCCAUCUCAUAUUAAGAACAACUGAGCCAGAUACAGAUGCAUACAAUUGCAGUGGGAAUGUAUUGCUUGAUCGAUUGAGUGCAGCAGAAAUGUACUUAGUUCCAAAGGAAUCACUCAGCGAAGGGCUGGGAGCUAGAGUUAGAGUCCUGAUGUCAAGGCUUUGGGAGGAGAAAAAGGAACGCGCUUACGAAAUCCCCCUUGGUGGGUCAUCGCUUUUAGGAACGUUUGGAAUUCUUGACGUAUACCAAGAAAUGAUGGACCAGGGCAUGUUAGAGAACUUCGAUGAUAUAUUUGUGGCUUCUGGCAGUGGUGGUACAAUUGGUGGCCUGGCCCUAGCAAAUUAUUUGAAUGGAUCGCCUUUAAAGGUGCAUGGUGUAUGUGUUUGCGAUACAGCAGACUAUUUCUACGAUCACAUCGAUGAACUGAUUGGCGAAUAUGGUCUUCAAGACGUUAAAGCUAGAGACAUCUGUGACGUAAUUGACGGCUAUAAGGGAGAGGGGUAUGGCAAAUCGACCCAGGAAGAGCUAGAACUUCUCAUUGAAAUUGCCCAGAUGACAGGGGUUGUCCUUGACCCUGUGUACACACUCAAAGCAACUCGAGCGAUGCUUAAGGAGAUGUCAGAGAACCCUUCAAGAUUCAAAGGAAAGAGAGUUCUUUUCAUUCACACAGGUGGAUUUUUCGCAUUAUACGGCCAUCAAACCAAAGAUUUGUUGCUGACUGGUGCAAAAACACGGAACAGAGAUUUAAAGAUUUGGACAAAUGCCACAGCUAAUCCCCUUAGUUGCUUCAUAUUAAAAGAACCUGAGAGGAGAAAUGGUGCGGUUGAUUGGUCUCUUAUUUAUCACCAAUCAGUGAAUGCUAGCAGAAUUAGGAUCCUUGGAUUCAAGAAGAUGACUAGAGCUUCCUGGCCUGCUUCAUUUCCAAAAACAGGGCCUAUUCCAUUCUCCUUGCUUUACACAUGGUAGCUGCAAGAUGAUUUUGCCACUCAAUUUGAUCGUGCUUAUAUCGAUUUCAAAGGAUCAUGUGAAAGAACAGGAUGAGUUUUGCAUCUCAGGGUCUGCUUUUGUGCUGAUAAAACAAGAAAACAUUGCCCAGUCCCGGCUUGCCAAACCUAAGGUUCGUAAUUCAAUUAGCAUCUAAUAAUAGCUGGCAUCUUGAUGAAAUUGAAUAAUCAUUGAGAUAAAACGUUUGAAGUAUCUUUGUAUUUUAUUUUUAAGUUGUGAAAUAUUGAAAUAGAUUGGAAAUGUAAUAUAUAAAAUUAAUUAUAUGCUUUGAAGAAAA